CUCACACACUGGGAGCAAGUGAUGGGAGACAAACUCAGUCCCUGACGCGCGUAUCGCUCACCUGGCGAUAUUUCCAUUGUUUUUUUUUGGUUGUUGUUGUUGUUGUUGUUGCAGUUUUUUUUUUCUUCCAGAUUUUUUGUUCCUAUUAAGAAUAAAAACAUCCAUCCUGAUCUCAAGGCAGAUCUAGGGGUUGAAGCAGGAGGUCGACGCCCGCCGUACAAUUCAAUAUCAGUGUCCACAUUGGCGUUAUUAAUUUGUGUUUUGGGAUCUUGCGCACCGAGUGUCCGGGAUUUGAGUCAUGGCAGAGGAGUGAGGCGCCUUUUGCCAAAAUGCCUGUUAACUGGAAUAUAACUUUUUCACGUCGGUCCUAUGGAAUAUAGUCCGAUUUUACACAGCCUACAUGUUGUGCCAUCAUCCCACGUGAAAAAUAAACUAUUCGUGUUCUGCAUAAUGCUGUCCCUCUGGGUGUAUAUGAUUUAUUGUUGUGUUGGCUACUGCUCAACUGUGCCAACCCUGGCGUACGGCUCGGUGAACAGGCACGAAAACGGUGCAGAAGUUGACAAUCAGGAGUCGUCUCUCGGGGCGUCCAGGGACUUGCUGAAUAACGAAAACGAUUUGGACAGCAGAGGAGAGGAGUGGGAUGAAAUUAGAGGCGAGGCGAAGGCGUUGGAUGAUAAUGCCAUGUCAAGUUUCCUCAAUGAGUCGGAAAGUAAAAAGUUGCCCCAGGCGAUCAUCAUCGGGGUGAAGAAAGGAGGGACCCGGGCACUGCUGGAGUUCCUGCGCCUGCACCCAGACAUCAGAGCGGUGGGAGCUGAGCCGCACUUCUUUGACCGCAACUACGACAAGGGACUGGAGUGGUACAGGGAAUUGAUGCCCAAGUCAUCAGAGGGCCAAUUGACCAUGGAGAAGACCCCCAGCUACUAUGUCACAAAGGAGGUCCCUGCUCGAAUCUACACCAUGUCUAAAGACACAAAGCUGAUUGUGGUCGUCCGGGAUCCUGUCACCCGAGCCAUCUCAGACUACACUCAGACUCGUUCCAAGAAGCCGGACAUCCCCUCUUUCGAGAGCCUGACCUUUAAGAACAUGUCAGCAGGUCUGAUUGACACCACAUGGAGUGCCGUUCAAAUUGGCAUGUAUGCUAAGCACCUUGAGCGCUGGCUCCAGUACUUCCCCAUGGAGCAGCUGCUGUUUGUUAGUGGAGAGCAUUUGAUUAGCGACCCUGCAGGUGAGAUGGCUCGCGUCCAGGACUUUCUUGGACUAAGGAGGGUGGUCACGGAGAAGCAUUUCCACUUUAACCCGGCAAAGGGCUUCCCCUGCCUUAAGAGACCUGAGGGGAACAGCAAGCCACACUGCCUGGGCAAAACCAAAGGCAGGACCCAUCCUAAUAUUGACCCAGAGGUGGUGCAGAGGCUAAGGGACUUUUAUAAACCCUUUAAUAACAAGUUUUACCAGAUGACUGGUCAUGACUUUAGCUGGGACUGACAGGAAACUAUGAUGACAAACUCAUGCUGGUCCCUUGUAUGUGUUUUUUAUAAUGUUAUCACUCUGGAGAUAUUGUUAUACAGUGUAUGUACAGUAUUUGGUGGAUGUGUAAAAAGUUCAAAAGUCUAUUUUAUGAUAAUUUAUUGUUAUGAUAUUAACUCACUAAGCUGCCUAACCAGGUAUAUUCAUGAUCCUCCACACACAGUUUUAAUUCUAAAACAGGAAAAUUUUUCUGGAAGCACAAUGUUUACGGGUAUUAUGAACAGGGUCAGUAUCAUUUUUUUUUUUGCCAGGACAUUUUUUUGGCUUAAUGUGGAUAGCCACUUCUUCUUCUUUUACUUUUCCAAAUGCUGCUCUUGCUUCACCUUUUAAGCUGAAUGAGAUCCAACUUUACAAACAACUGUUAAUAUCCCGUUAACAUUUGCCUGACCCUCAGAGGUCUGUGGACCCACUUAGUCAGGUCGAUACGGGCCUCAGCUGAUCCAGUGCCACUUGCCAGGUGGAUCAAUACAGUAAUAGCUCCUCAUCAUGUCAAUUAGACCUGAGUGAUGGCACUGCCUUGAUCUCCCGAGCAGUAAUAACACAUGGAUCCAUUAAUGGUAGCAAGUUUAUGGUUGACCCUUGAGCCAACUUCAAGUUAAUAUAAUAAUAUGAAUUUCCACUGCAAUAUUUUGACUUAACCACUAUGUGUACCGUUUCUCCAGAGGAAUGUUGAUUAGGAUCCAAUAGAAGGUCCUGUCUCAAUACUUCUGGGAUGUUUUAUCCGUUUUCCAAAAACCUGUUACAUGGGCUUCAUAAUGCCUAAUCAUUUAUUGCUCUUUCCAAAAGGAAAAUGAUUCAUAUGGCUCAAUCACAUUCAUUGAUCUGUACUGAAAUGGCUCCCAUUGAUCAUCCUGUACAGCUUUUUUUAAUUUUUAUUAAAGGUGAUACUAGAUGUGUUAAUGAUGCCCUUAUCCAUGAUACAUCAACUGACAGAAAUAAGCAUUUCUCUAAAUCUUUGUAGCUUACUUUCAGUGAUAGCUGGAAAGAAUUAAAAUAAACCUAUUGUGGGCCAAAAUGUCUCAUUUAAGAUUUAUGGAUGGUUGAGUUUUAGUCAACCUUUAUACAUUUGUCAGCAUUUUAUCAGACUUCAUUCCACAAUGAUGUACUGCAACCCCGCUGUUAUAGAGGCACUAUUUUGCUGUAUGCAUUGCUUUACUUUACAAACAUGGAAAUGAAGCAGGUUUGACUGAGUUGAUUAAAAGGUGCAGUCAUGUCAUUUUUAUGAAGUAAGAAAUAAAUGUUUUACCAAAAAUCA